AUGGCCGAUAGCCCCGCUGCGGAAGGCCAGAAAGCAACCAACGGAGCCCCAGGCUCGCAUUCCACUCUCUUUGGACUCGACGGACAAAAGAGGUCCUCAAUUCCAGCGGGUGCAGGAGCAGGAUCAGGAAUCAUCGGCACAAGCGGUCAUACAGGCGCGGCCAACAAGAGUAACAUUGCAGAUUUAUCAGACGAAGACAAUGCUCAGACAACAACAGCAGGCAUGCCCCAGGGCGGUAAAUCCAGCGCCGUCCCCGGGUCGGGGUCUGAAACAUUCACUCCCAGUCAAGGAACAGGAGAUCCGCCUUUCCAUCAAGAUUUGCCCACCACGGCGUUGUCGACAUAUACCUCCCUCGACCCUUCUGACGACAAGAUAUACUCGGCCCCCCCCCCGCAUACUCCGAGAUCUGAAGGAUCAUCCUCGAGUCCACCGUCUCCACGACCACCGCCUUUUUCCUCUCUUUAUUUCCCCUCCGACGCCGAGCCCGAUCGCAUUAGAGCAACCGUCUCCGAGACUGCCUGCGGUUCACUUCUCGCAACUGCUCCGGCACCCUCCUUCGAGGAGGCUCUCGCCGAAGACGACGCCGAGUCCAAGGCUGAGGCCGAGACAAAGGCUGCCCUUCCGCCGGACACCAAGGCACAGUCUUCCAAAGCACUUGACGAAGGAGAGCCUCCACCACCUUACACCGAAGGUUCCAGUCCGAUAUAUUCUUUUUCCUACGUCAUGGCAGCAGCUGGUGGUGCCGCCAGUAUCAUCACCCAAGUCCAGCAAACGACCGGAUCACCCAUCAAUACAUUGGGAGAAGCGGCGGCGGAUGAACACAUCACAUUGGAUCUGAGAGGGACACAUUUCACACUGUCGCGCGAUGAACUGUUGACUCUCCCUGAAUUUGUGUUGCUAUCAUUAUUCCCCAACGGCCUCCUGCCAGAUGGACACAUGACCUCGUUUCAUGAUGGCGAUGUCUACCCUGUUGACUAUGACCCUGCAUCCCUGCAAUACAUGUUAAACUUCUUCCGCGAUGUCGCGCAAUCAAUACCUUCAACGUCUCCCUCACCGACUACACCACCAGAGAACGACCCUAUAUCGAUUGAGCCACUACAAGGUUCCACCAAAGAUAUGCUCCAAGACAGAGCAGGAAUCAUCGUUCUGAGGGAGGAUCUCGACUUUUACGUUAUUCCUCCUCGAGCAGACAUUGAACAAAUGGAAAUGACGGAGGUCAAACGUGCAGCAGGAAAGUCCCUGCUCAAGCAGAAUGGGAUCUUUUCUGGGCUCAAAAGAAGUGAGGAGGCCGGCACGACAGAACAACAUUUGAUUGAAAUGUUGACCGCCGGUGGCUUUAAUCACGAUGAUGCUUGGGGUCAUCGGGCUGGAGAACCAAACAAAGCGGUCAUUUGCAGUCUAGCCCUGGCCCGGUUACGAACAGAUAUCAAGGGUGAUCUUGUAGGAAGCAACGCGGUGGGCAUGGCUCAAAAGCUGUUAUUGUUCUGGCGGAAGCCUGCACGAAGGUGCUGGUGGGAAGGUGUUGAAUUGGAUGAUGUUGAAGGUGUUCAGGGCAAGGUCAAAGUAUGGAUCCGACGGGUCUGGACUCUUGAAAUGGUAAGCGACCUUGACUGA